AUGGACGCUAACCGCCCGGGCGCGUUCGUGCUGAGCAGCGCGCCUCUGGCUGCGCUGCACAACAUGGCUGAGAUGAAGACGUCGCUGUUCCCCUAUGCGCUGCAGGGUCCGGCGGGCUUCAAGGCGCCCACCCUAAGCAGCCUUGGUGCGCAGUUGCCUCUAGGCACUCCGCACGGCAUCAGCGACAUCCUGGGGCGGCCGGUGGGUGCAACGGGUGGUGGCCUCCUGGGAGGUCUGCCCCGCCUCAACGGGCUCGCCUCGUCGGCAGGUGUUUACUUCGGGCCCGCGGCAGCCGUGGCACGGGGCUACCCCAAGCCGCUGGCGGAAUUGCCUGGGCGCCCGCCCAUCUUCUGGCCCGGAGUGGUGCAGGGCUCUCCCUGGAGGGACCCGCGCCUGACUGGCUCGGCCCAAGCCGGAGGGGUCCUGGACAAGGACGGCAAGAAGAAACACUCGCGGCCGACGUUCUCGGGCCAGCAGAUCUUCGCGCUGGAGAAGACUUUCGAGCAGACCAAGUACCUGGCAGGCCCAGAGCGCGCGCGGCUUGCCUACUCUCUGGGAAUGACCGAGAGCCAGGUGAAGGUGUGGUUCCAGAAUCGGCGGACCAAGUGGCGCAAGCGACACGCGGCAGAGAUGGCGUCGGCUAAAAAGAAGCAGGACUCGGAUGCCGAGAAGCUGAAGGUGGGUGGCUCAGACGCGGAGGACGAUGACGAGUACAACCGGCCCCUGGACCCCAACUCCGACGACGAGAAGAUCACGCGGCUACUCAAAAAGCACAAACCCUCGAACUUGGCGCUGGUUAGCCCGUGCGGCGGCAGCGCGGGGGACGCCUUGUGA